AUGGAUCCCUCUUUAACACCUCCAAACGAUUUCAGUGGAUUCCACGAUUUUGGUCACCCAUUUCCUGGCACCCACCUACCUCCUAGUUUCGAGAUCCCAGCUCCUCACGAACAGGCUCUUGAUGGACAAUUUUUCGCAGACCAGAGCCAUUCACAUGCUCAUCCGAAUCCGUUUACCGACCUUUACAUUCAAGAGCUCCAGAAUGUCCCCUCUUCUGACAACAUGGAUGGUUUGGGGGCCGCCGCCCAAAUUACGCCUACCCCUACACCGGGCCCGCCCCGAAAGAGUAGGAAGAAAAAGGCCCCGACUCUACGUGAUGAAGACUUUGAACCAUUUAAAGACCGAAUCCUCGAACUCUAUGAGACGAAAAAGUUGUCACUUGAGAAGGUUAAAAGCAUGAUCGAGGAGGAAUUCGGCUUCACUGCUCAGCCACGACAGUACCAGACUCGUAUAACCAAAUGGGGCAAAGACAAGAAUAUCAAGAAGUCUGAGAUGACAGCUAUCGCCAGAAAGCAUCAGCAGAGGGAGAUUCUCGAGACUGACAAAAGGAAGCUGCGUUUCACGGUCAGAGGUAGAGAGAUUGACGCAGGUAAGAUCGACCGAUGGAUGGACAGGAACAAUGUCCCACGAAAUGACCUGUAUGCUCCGAGUCCUGCAGCAUCUACCCCAUCCGCAGUCGAUUGCAGAACCAUUUCUGAGAGAGGUUCCCUAGCCCACAGUCCAGCCUUAUCAGAAAUGAGCCUCACCUUUUCCACUGGUGGCAUCACGCAAGUAGCUCAAGGUCCAAUGGCAUCUUCUCCCGCACUCUCCGUACGAGGGAUAAUCCAAGGUCGCGGCAGUACUUUUACCGGACAGAGUCCAGCUCCUUUCUAUCGAGCUCUUCCAUCCCAACUCCCGGCUUCUGAUCCAUCAGCUACAAGCUCUGUUCGUCCAUCGUCAAAUUCUACGUUAGCCCCACAGCAGUAUCGCUACAUGCAAGCUGAUGAAGAUCGUCUACGAUCAGAACUAUCUGUGGCAGAGACCUUGUUCGGCUUCGAGCAUGUUGAGACCCUCCAUAUAUUGACAAUGCUGAGUGUCGUUCUUAUUAGACAAGGAAGAGACAAAUCCGCCGAAGAAAUGAUUCGUAGAGCGGUUGCAGGCUAUCAGAAGACAGUGAUGGGUGACGAUAUUCGAACUCUCGAUGCUUUGGAACUCCUGGGGCGAGUUCUAAAAUUUCAGGGCCUCUAUCGCCAAGCCUCAAAGCUCCUGGAAGAAUUACUUGAUACCAAAAGGGUGGCUCUUGGCGACGAGCAUCGAUCCACUCUGUCCUGCAUGGCUCUUCUGGCAACGGUGUAUUUGAACCAACACCAGUGGGGCAAGUCUGCUUUGCUUGCUGAACGAGUGCUAGAAAUAUCAAAGAGGAUAUGGGGUGAAGCGGACGACAUUACGCAGACAAGCAUGGCGGCCCUGGGGUAUGCAUACAUGCACUUGGGGCGAUUAGAAGAGAGCAAGCAGCUGAUAGGACAGGCUAUCGAAUUAAGCAAGAAUUUCUUUGGGGAGGAGCAUCAUAAGACACUGAAUACCAUGCCCUACCUGCAAGCUUUAUAUACACGACAGAGUGAUUGGGGUCAGGCAGAGGCGAUUGCAAUGCAGGUUAACAACGCAUACAUGAAAAUAUUUGGCGAAGAACACCCCAUAACUUUAGCCGCUAGGGCAGACUCGAUUGCUAUAUAUUUGGGGCUAGGACAAUCAGAGAAAGCUGAAGAGGCAGGAGAGGAAGUGCUAGAGAUAGCGAGAAUACUUGGAGAGAGUCACCCUCUUACACUGCAAAUUAGAAGAGAACUAAUGUAUGUAUACGAGAAGCAAAAUAAAUAUGGAAAGGCUGAGGAGCUCGGGAGGUUUCUCAGAAGAUAA